UUCCUCUCCUGCCACCAGCUGUUGGGAGGUGGGGGGGGACUCAUCCGUUCCCCCCACGACAGUGACAGCGAUGGAGCCUGAAUUCAUAUGCCUUCGGGAUGAGUUGGUGGCUGCCUUGAUCCAGAGUCCCUCCGAGCUGAAUCAGGAAACUUUGCAGCGGCUGGUGGAGAUGUCGUUGCCGCUGGCGAAGAAGUACCAGGAGAUCGACGUGAAAGGCAUCAUGCGGGCCAAUACCCAGGGGGAGACCCAGAGAGACCUGCGGACACUCUCGACCGCGCUGAACAUCCUCGAGAAAUACGGGCGCAAUCUCUUGAACCCCCUGAAGCCUCGUUUCUGGCGCACGGUCAAGUUCAACAACCCCGUCUUCCGGGACACAGUCGACACCAUUCAGGGCGGACGGGAUGUUCUUCGCCUCUACGGCUAUUCGGAAGAACAGAGCGACGGGCUCUGCUUCCCUGAGCACCUGCAGGAACCGGAUACCCUCCAGGUGGCCUCCAUCACAGUGGACGUCAUGCUCUUACGAGCCGAGCUGAACCUUCUCCUUUCGGACAGUCACCCCAACCCUCAGGUUCUGCAGGAGCUGAUGCAGCAGGGGAACGGCUUAGAGGUGAGCAAAGAGGGCAACCUCAUUGCAGACAUGGCUCCAGAACGCCUGCCUCUGCACCCAGCACCGGCACUAUCGCACACAGAGUACUUGCCGCCGGAUUCCUGCCUGCUUUGCGGCUUGGAGUCCCCGUCGCUGCACUGCCCCUCCUGCGCCCAGUCUCUGUGCUCCGACUGUGACCGCCUCUUCCACAAGCACCCAUCGCGGACGCAUCACCGGCGGGUGCCCUUGAAGGAGCGAGCGUGGCGGAACACGCUGCCAUCCAGCCUCUCCACGGUGACCCCCAAUGCCGCGUCUCUGCGUCCGCCAAUGGAUGGGUGGCGUAGCCUGCCUGCCCAGCCGCCCCUCCCACGCCCUGCCUGGUUUUGCGCCGCCUGCCAGACCCUCAACGAUGCCCGCUCGGUGCUGUGCGUGGCCUGCGAGCGCCCCCGUGGCUGCAAGAUGCCCGGCAGCGUCAAUUCAGAGGACCAGCUGGCCCGGGGGCGUUGGUCAUGUCAGUCCUGCACCUUUGAGAACGAGGUGUCCAUGGUGUUGUGCGCCGUGUGCGAGAGGCCCCGUCUGGCUGGGAGACCUGGCACCGGUGACGCCAAGCCCCUCAUGGCCUGGGGGGAGCCGACGGAGCUGCCGCAGGAAGAGCGCCCCGGCUGGCAGUGCGAGCACUGCACCUUCUGGAACCACAUCCCUGGCCGGGUGUGCGAAAUGUGCAACCGCACCAGCCAGCGAGGCGGCCGUGAACCCGCACCGCCACUCGGUAAACCGGAGGGGGAGGAAACGCCCAAGAAGGAGCCAGCCGACGUCAAGGCAGAACCGAAGUGUCCGUUGAAGCCCCUCUCCCAGGACGAGGACGAGCAUCAGAGGCAGGAGAGACUCCGAGAGGACGGCCAGAAGAUGGUCGCCAUGAUACGGGAAGCGGAAGCGGUGGGCGUGGUCCCUGAGCUGGUGGCUGCCGCCGUGCACUACUCGGGGACGGAGAUCCCUCUGGCCUGGCUGAAUUCAGAGCUCCACGGGGUCCUGGAGGAGGUGGCGGAGACGGCCACGCAGCGAGCGGAGGAGGAACCGGGGGGCGGCCUGGGCGCCGUGACCUACCAGGAAGCCAAGACGGCCUGGAUGGAGAGCCGGGGGGAUACGGACGAAGCCGUCAGCCGAUGCCUCGCCGCUCGCCGUAGCAAGGUCCGGGAGCUGAAAGCGCUGGGCUUUGCGGAGCGGGGCCCGGUGCUGCAGGCCCUCUACCAGAACAAAGGCGACGUGUGGCAAGCGCUGGUGCAGCUGCAGCGCCAGCGCCUGGAGCCCUUCCACCAGCGCUUGUGGGAGAGCGAAGAGCCCCCGAUCGACUUCCACAGCCCUGACCGGCAGGCCCUUCUGCGCCGCCUCCUGGCAUCCCUUUCCUUGCCCAGCUGGGGCCGGGCGGAGCUGGUCGUGUCGCUGAUGCUGGAGAGGCCGAGCGAAGGGGGCUGGGAGCUGGCGGACAUCGUGGAGGCCGUGAAGGCCUCUCCCAGCCGGGACUUCAUCAAGCGCCUGCUGAGCUGGGAGUGCGCCGUCUGUAGCUGGGCCCUGCCGCGCAACAAGAUGCAGUCGCUGACGUCGUGUGAAUGUACGAUCUGCCCCGAAUGCUUUGCCCAGCACUUCACCAUCGCGGUGAAAGAGAAGCACAUCACGGACUUGGUGUGUCCGGCUUGCUCCGAGCCAGAGAUCAGCGAUGAACGGGAACUCCUCAGCUACUUCUCCACCCUCGACAUCCAGCUACGCAGCUGCCUGGACACGGAAACCUACGAACUCUUCCACAAGAAACUGACCGAGAGGGUGCUCAUGAGAGACCCCAAGUUUCAGUGGUGCACACAUUGUUCCUUCGGAUUCAUCUACGAGUCUGAACAGCUGGAGGUGAAAUGUCCACAGUGCCGCAAAAGCUUCUGCGUCCAGUGCCGGCGCCCGUGGGAGCCGCAGCACCAAGGCCUGUCCUGCGAAGGCUUCCAGGAGUGGAAGCGAACCAACGACCCCGAAUACCAGGCCCAGGGCUUGGCUGCGUACCUUCAAGAGAACGGGAUUGCCUGUCCCAACUGCAAGUUCUCGUACGCCCUGGCCCGGGGCGGCUGCAUGCACUUCCACUGUACCCAGUGCCGGCACCAUUUCUGCAGCGGCUGCUAUAGCGUCUUCCAUGCCAAGAACAAAUGCCCACUCCCUGGCUGCUCCAUCAAGCGGUCCCUCCACGCUCACCACCCCCGCGACUGCCUCUUCUAUCUGCGCGACUGGGACGUCCCUCGCCUGCAGCGACUCUUGCAGGAUAAUGGAGUUGUGUUCAACACCGAUCCGCCGGCUGGGACCCGUGCUACCACUGGAGGUGGGUGUCAAGUGAUGGAGCAGAAGGAGACCAUGACGGGGUUGAAGGACGAACCCUGUGGGAAAGAGACCCUAGCGGGAUACGCUGGCCUUUGUCAGGCACACUACAAGGAAUACCUGGUCAGCCUCAUCAACAGCUAUUCCCUCGACCCGGCCGUCCUCUACGCUCUGCAGGAAGUCGAGCUCGUCUGGCAGCGGUACCUGACUGCCGCCCAGUUGCCGCCACGGGGACCUACCGAGGACGAUGCGACUUAUGCAGGGCGCUUGAUCAAGAAGCUAAUGGACGAGGUGGGUCUAGGCCCGAAAAUCCCACGCAGACAGAAGACGGACGCCCGGGGCCUCCACUAGCCCGGAUGGGGUUCGACGUCAUGAUCCGAUUCCCUUCGGCAGGGUGGGAAACGCUGAACAGGCGUAUACCGCGGAUCUGGAGGAGUGGAGUUUGGUGGGGAGGGUUG